UGACUCAGGAUGGCAGAAACAGAUAUUGGACAAUGGUACAGCAAUAUUCCCUUCUUCACAAAAUGGUGGUUUACUCUAACUCUUAUUUGCACCCUGGGGGCUAACUUUGGAGCGUUACCUGUUGCUCACAUGUUGCUGGACUGGAACUUAGUCGUCUACAAGUUUCAGUUUUGGAGGAUGCUCGGAUGUGUAUUCUUCAUGGGAAAACUUGGCUUCCCAUUCCUGAUCAAUGUUUACUUUCUUUACAGCUACUCCCUCAGGCUUGAAACAGGUGUUUUCGACGGUAGACCAGCUGACUACUUCUUCCUUCUCAUUUUCAACUGGCUGGUUCUUAUUAUCCUGGGUUUCAUUAUUCCCCUUAAGAUUAUUGGUAUGCCUCUGGUGAUAUCCGUGUUAUACGUGUGGUGUCAAGUAAACCGAGACACUGUUGUUCAGUUCUGGUUUGGGACCCAGUUUAAAGCUAUGUACCUGCCCUGGGCAUUGGCCGCUUUCAACGUUCUUCUUGGCGGAAAUGGAAUAAUGGAGCUCAUUGGAAUAUUUGUGGGCCACAUGUUCUUCUUCCUGAAGUACAAGUACCCUAUCGAUUAUGGUGGUGUAUCUUUCCUCAACACUCCUCAGAUCAUGUACAAGUAUUUCCCGAAUAGAUCAGGAGGUGUCAGUGGAUUUGGACAGGCUCCUGCUUCCAGGAGACCCGAGGCCAGGGCUGAGGGCCGACACGACUGGGGUGCUGGAAACAAUCUCGGGGGAGACUAAACUUCAGGAAUUGAGAUCGGAGAAUUUAUACUGACCAGGUUUCAUGUGUCCGAGCUGGGACAGUCGAUAUUGCUUCAGUAAUUUGAGUUGAAAGGAGAAGAGAUAUGACUGUUUUGUCGAAUUUUUAGACUUUUUGAGUUGAGAACAGAAUUGAACUUCAGCCGUUAUUGGCAUAUGUUACAUUAGAUUGAUAUGAAUCUUAUUUGAGAAAAACAAGUUGAAAACCCAACAUAUUA